GGGUGUAUACGUAACAGCGCCUGCGCACCAACGCACAGGACGAAAGGGUGACGAACAUUCGUCACGGAGCUUCGCCAGCAGGCGGUGCCCGAUAUACAGGUAACCGCGCCGGGCACCGAGAGGCGAUUCAGGUGAUGCGAGCUAAGGAAGUCGCGCACCAGACCCAGCUUUCGCGCCUUACGAGACACAACUGCGCACCCGCCAAAAGGGAGGCGGACCGGACCGCGGUCGCGCGAGCGGGCGUAGUAGCGUUUCUGCGCAUGCGCCCUUGGACGCGCAAGGGCGCGCGGCGUCUGGGAACGAGAAGGAAGCAGAGGGGAAGGGGUGGGGUUGAACCCGGCUCGCGCAUGCGCGUGCCGUGCAAACUAUUUGGCGGGUUUUUCCUGGUUGCUCUGUUCUGUUCCAGUCGUUGAGAUGCUCCGCGGUAGCUUUUAGGGAGCAGGACGUUCUCUGCAGAAGAGGGAGUUAACGAGAUUUCCGCUUACUUCCUUCGGGCGUUUGGGGGCUCCUCCCACAUUAGAAAGAAGUGUUUCUCCGUGACUGACGCCGGGGGCCUUCUGACCGCCGGAGGGCUUGGGCCAUUUGGUCUUCUUCCGUCUCGGUCUCCGUGAGGGGGAAAGGAUCCGAGGAACCUCGUCCUGCCCAUCAGUCUCCACGCCGUGAGGUCCUUGAAUUCAGGUUCGAGCUCGGUGGGCCGGGCCCCCGGCCUCCCCCUGGGUCACCAUGAGUGUGUCCGCCCAGCGCCUGCUGGAAGAGUUGCAGAUCUUCGACGUAGAUUGCGAGGAGGCUCUGACCGAGAAAUUGGUGGAGCUCUGCAUUCUGUAUGGACAGGACGAGGAGGGAAUGGUAGCUGAGCUUAUAGCCUUCUGCACCAGAACAGGGAAAGGUUGCCUCACCUCAGAGACCCUGAACUCUUUUGAGCAUGAGUGUCUGAGCAAAAAAUUGUCCAGAGUGCCCAGGGAUGGUGGGCACGCGGGAGCUAGAGACAUUGUUUCCAUCCAAGAGCUAAUCAAAGUGGAGGAAGAAGAAGAGAGCCUCUUGAACUCUUACACCACACCCUCUAAGGGUUCUCAGAAGCGAGCUAUCACCACCCCAGAAACCCCCCUAACAAAAAGGACUGUGUCUACUCGGAGCCCCCAUCAACUCCUCUCACCAUCCAGUUUCUCUCCAAGUGCUACUCCCUCUCAGAAAUACAACUCGAGAAAUAACCGAGGAGAAGUAGUUACCUCCUUCGGCUCAGCACAGGGUGUGUCUUGGUCUGGAAGAGGAGGAGCCGGUGACAUCAGCCUGAAGGUCUUAGGGGGUCCAGAGUCACUCACCGGGAGCUACAAAUCAAUGUUUCAGAAGCUUCCAGAUAUUCGAGACGUUCUGACCUGUAAGAUAGAGGAACUUGGCAGUGAACUCAAGGAACAUUACAAGAUUGAGGCUUUUACUCCUGUUCUGGUCCCAGCUCAAGAGCCUGUUACUCUGCUGGGCCAGAUUGGCUGUGACACCAACGGGAAGCUGAACAGCAAGUCAGUGAUUCUUGAAGGAGACCGGGAACAUUCCUCGGGGGCUCAGAUUCCAGUGAAUUUAUCUGAGCUCAAAGAAUAUUCUCUGUUUCCCGGACAGGUUGUAGUUAUGGAAGGAAUCAACACGACUGGUAGAAGAUUUAUUGCCACCAAACUCUAUGAGGGUGUGCCACUUCCAUUUUAUCAGCCCACCAAAGAGGAUGGAGAUUUUGAGCAACACAUGGUCCUGGUGGCCUGUGGGCCAUACACCACAUCCGACAGCAUCACCUACGAUCCCCUGCUCGAUCUGAUUGCCAUCAUCAACCGCGAUCAGCCUGAUGUCUGCAUCCUGUUUGGACCUUUCCUGGAUGCUAAGCACGAACAGGUGGAGAACUGCCUGCUCACAAGUCCAUUUGAAGAUAUUUUCAAGCAGUGUCUGCGGACAAUUAUUGAAGGGACGCGCAGCUCUGGCUCCCACCUCGUCUUUGUCCCAUCCGUGAGGGACGUGCACCGCGAGCCCGUGUACCCGCAGCCACCUUUCAGCUACUCCGAUCUGCCUCGAGAUGACAGAAAGCGAGUGCAGUUCGUGUCUGAGCCCUGCAGCCUCUCCGUAAAUGGAGUGAUCUUUGGCCUGACGUCCACGGAUCUGCUGUUCCACAUGGGAGCCGAGGAGAUCAGUAGUGCUUCCGGAACUUCAGACAGACUCAGCCGAAUCCUCAAGCACAUCCUGACCCAGAGAAGCUACUACCCACUCUACCCUCCCCAGGAAGACAUGGCCAUUGACUAUGAGAAUUUCUACACCUAUGCGCAGCUGCCCGUCACCCCGGACGUCUUCAUUAUCCCAUCAGAGCUGAAAUACUUUGUGAAGGAUGUCCUCGGCUGUGUCUGUGUGAAUCCCGGGCGCCUCACCAAAGGGCAGGUGGGGGGCACCUUUGGCCGACUCUUCCUCAGGAGGCAACAGGCCGAGGGUGGGGAGGGGAGGCGGAGUCCGUGCACUGCUGUCCAGGUGGUCCGGAUCUGAGGCCUGGGCGCUUUAUCGUCCCCCGUCAUGCGGCACUCGCAGACGUCUGAGAGCCCAAGAGUGGCCCUCUGACGGGAGCCCAGCCGUUGAGAGGUAGAGGAGAGGCCGCGGGGCAUGGGCCCAGCGGGCAAGGCCUCAUGCAGCUGGACCCUGACCCUGAGUCGAGCUGCUUUGGAAGAAAGCUGUUGUUUCUUCGUGGACACGCGAAGAGUCCCGGGCAAACUGGCUGUGGAUGCAGCAUCCUCAGAAAAGGCAAGAAGACUUUGUGAUUUUUCUACAUGAAUCAGACACAGGAACAACUUUUGGAGAAAUAAAAGUAAAUUCUGAGGGUGA